CGUUUGCCCCAGCUCCUGCCCCUGGCAACCGCUCCAGGCCUGCGGCUCACGAGGCGGUUGACCGUUACUAAGAUGGGGCUGGAGCGGUAGUCUCUAAACCCUGUGCUUGUGGAUGUUCCUGGAGUAUGCAGUGCUGAGGCAGGAAGAGGAAGAGGGAGAGGAGGAGGAGGAGGAGACCCUGACUGCCACAGCAUACCAGGUAAAGGAGGCAUCUGACCCGGGCCUCUGCUGUGCCCGCGUCCUUGGGAAUGCUCGCACAGGUGUCGCAGAGCCAGUCCUUCCUCUUCCGAGCAGCAGUUUCCUGGUUGCUACUGAUCAACCAGCCUCGGUGAACCAUUCCCAGACUACUGGAUUUUAAAGCUUGCUUUUUUCCAGUCAUAAAGUCCGCCACUUCGCAGUUUCACACGGACACUAGAUGGACACAUUUAUACCCAUUGACCUGACAGUUAAGAAGCCAGAUGAGAACAAGGAUCACAAGUCAAGAAGACAUUCACUAUAUAAAGGCCGACGGCGCACGGAUGGCAGACCAACUAAGGCUGUGCAGAAGAAAGCAUCCUCCGGGUCCUUGAGUUCAGAGGGAACAGAAGACAACCAAGAUUACCAUCCAGCUUACCUUGACCAAAAGUUCAGUCAGCAAUGUAUAGGGGUUUCAAAACCAUUUUUGCCCGAAAUAAGAAUGAAAAAACAGAAGUCGGAGGAGACUGCCAGUACACCCAGGAAGAAGUUCCAAGUUCAAGUGUACGACAGAGCAGAACCAGAAGAGGCUGAUGCCAUAAAACAUAUUUUUAGGCUCAGAGAGAAGCUUGAAUGGGAAACUCCAUUACGUCCGAGUUCUCUGAAGUACCAACCUAAGACUGUGGUUCCAAAGCGCAGCCUAAAGGAAUGCUUGCGAGAUGACGGGGAGUUCGUAUACUGCCUUCCUCUGGAGAACAACAGAGGCAUGUUCAAUGAGUAUGAUCUACAAGCGGUCUCUGCCAACAGAGCAAAAAACUGCAAAGAAUUCUGGGUGGUCACCGCUUCAUUUGUCUCAAAGGUCACUAAAACAGGCAUCAACAUGGAAGAGGUGGAACUUAUACCUACUCUGGAUUGGCUUUCAGAAAGAUAUUACUUCUAUUUACUGCAGAAAUUUAAGAUAUUUUACAACUUCCGGAUAAAUAAAGCCUUUGUUACUUGGAAACUGAAUGUUAAAAGAUGUAAGACAGAAGCUAGCAGGUCAUACCUGUAUAGCCAUCUUUUCUGUGCUGACGAGUUAUAUCAAACUUGUUUGCUUUAUAUGAGAGGACUCUGUGAAGAUGCACUAACUCCCAAAAAUAACAACAAAGACAACCCGUCUACCAUCUGCCUUAUCAAGGUGGACACUUCCCAAACAUACGUUCUGGAAAAGUUUUGUGAAGAGCAGAUACAACAAGCCACCCGGGCAGUGGCACAACUUGAGGAGCUCAUGAGUAAAGUAAUCGUAGAGAUAAAGAGUAUGGCCUUAAAGGUUGCAGAAAAGAAAGAUGUUAAGGAAUACUUUGAGUCAAAGCCGUCUGAGAUCAACACAACACAUUUCAAGCUGCCCCAGUAUCGAAAUCUAUUAGAAACAAAUAUGAAGUUUUUAAGGCUGAUUGACUACUUGUUUCAAGAACUCAUUCGCCAGCUCAUGAAUUCUGCACUCAUCCAACUCCUGGAUGUCUUCACUGGCUCUUCCAGGAUGCCAUUUUCAAAGGAAAAAAGGAAUGAAAAUCUCAUGAAAGACUGGAAGAUCUUUUCUAGAAAGGAAUCAGACGAUGAUGAAUUUGCUCUUUCAAGAUCGAGUGCUCUUUCUGUUCAAAGCUCAGAACCAAAACCAGACACUGAUGUUCGUGAGACUUUUAACACACAUAGUGUGACAAUGGACUUGAAGAAAACAUACGCUCCGAUAUUCGAGGUCAAUCUCUGUCUGAGAGUUCCCUCUGUGAAUGACUCUCCAGAGGACCCUGAAGGGAAGUCUCAGAAGACUGAGCAGAGCCGUGAAGAGUCUCUGGUGUAUGAUGAUGAUGAGCUGGAAUACCGAAAAAGAACUGUAAGUGAGGAUCUGCUCAGCCACUACAACCAGCCGUGCAAGUUUAGCAGCAUCCUGAAACGCAUCCUUUCCGACACAGGACUCCUGAUGGAAUCUGAACGCUUCUACAAUAAAUUUUUAGAAUUCCCCGCAAACCUGUUCAUGGAGCCCAACAGACUGGACUUUUCAACACAAUUCCAAAAUAUGAUAGCAACUAUAGAAAAGUAUGUAACCACCAUUAUCCCCUUUCACCAAGAUCCUCGCCUGUCUAUCCUUGUUGAUUUGGUUGCAGUUCCAGAUUUAUCUAAUGAGACAAAAAGUGUCAUCAAAUAUAAGAAGCAGACCCGAUGGCCAGAUUUUUAUAUCCUCUUCGACAUGGACACUGACUACCAGAGCAAAAUUGUGAAUCUGCUGACUAUCAUUGGUAACUCAGUGGGCCUGGUUAGCGACUACAGCUGCAGGUUUCUGAAAUAUUGUUACAUGGUAGAAAAGGCCAAAGUCAUGACUAAAAAACUGCCGUUCAUGAUGAACCUAACAUCGGUGGAGUUUAAGAGUAUAAUACAUAAAUUCAGAAGCUACCUAAGGCAGGUUGUGACCAUGGCUAUUGAGAUGCGUCUUGGGAUCUUUUGUGUGAAAACUCUGAAUUAUCAAUUAGCAUGCUUACCAUACAUUGAUGGCGUCAUACAAAUGAGCUACAACUUAUUACAAUGUACCAUUGAGGACAGGAGUGCAAAUCUAUUAGAAAUUUUAGACUCCUCGCUGUGCCAACUGGAGUCUGAGCCUGUAGAAGUGGAACAAUUUGUGGAGCAUUUUAGUUUUUUGGAUGACAUUUUCUCCAGCAUAUCUCAACUAGAAAAAGAUUUCUGUGCAGUUUCUGAUCUGUAUUCCAUUGUGAGGCAUUACCAGAUCAACGUGUCAGAGGAACAGAUCGCCAUCUACAAGAUCCUUUUCAUGAAGUUCAGUAAUCUAAAAACAUCCAUGAAGCUAGCUGCCAAAAACAAAGAAGCCAACUUCACUAAAUUCAGGAACAGUUUGGAGGCAUGUAUGGUCAGCCUACGAGUGGAUGUCAGCAACUUAAAAGAUAAAAUAAGAAGUCCAGUCCUGCUGUCCGCCAGUACUCCAAUACCAACAGCCAAGGAAAUGGUGCAGUCUCUCUCAGCAGAAGCUGAUAGCUUGACUCUAAAAGUAAAAACCUACUCAAGCUACCAGGACUAUUAUGAUGACACCCAUUUCCAUAUGAAUGCUCUCAACGUGGACGAGAUGUCUCAGGUAGUGCUGACGGAGAUUUCCGACAUCGAGUGUGACCUGAUGCUGAGGAAAUUAUUAUGGGAAGCGCAAGAAGAGUGGGGGACAUAUUUCUGGGAAUGGAGAAACUGUACUCUCCAAAACAUUGAUUUCGAUUUGGUAAAGAACAAUGUCUCCAAGUGGCUGCAUAUAAUCUUUGUCCUGGAAAAAGGCUUACCUAAGAACGAUAUGGUAGCCCUGCUCAAGCAGUCAGUGUUAGACUUCAAACAAGAGCUCCCAAUCAUUACAGCCUUGGGAAACCCCUGUCUCAAGGCCCGGCACUGGGAGACUCUGCGAGACAUCACUGGAAACUCAACCUUUCUUGAUAAAAAUCUCUCUAUAGAGAAGCUUCUGGCUCUGAAGAUGUCUCCGUUUGAAAAGAAAAUAAAUGAAAUAUCGGUCUCCGCGACUAACGAAGCUGCUCUUGAAAAAAUGCUGUUUAAGAUCAUCGAGCUCUGGAACACCUCUCCCUUGCACCUGGUCCCUCAUCUCACAGAGGGCCGCUCCAUCCUCAUCAUCUCCUCCAUUGACGAUAUGAUAACUCAGCUGGAAGACUCGCAGGCCAUCCUUUCGACAAUCAAAGGAUCUUCCUAUCUCAGACCAAUUAAGCAUCUUGUGAAUGAAUGGACUCAAAACUUAACCCUCUUCUCUCAGACCAUUGAGGAGUGGAUGACCUGUCAAAGGAAUUGGCUUUAUCUCGAACCAAUCUUUCAGUCUUUAGAAAUACAAAAACAGCUGGCAGUAGAGGCAAAACUUUACUCCCAGGUGCUUCUCACGUGGAAAGAAAUAAUGUCCCGGGUACAGAACAAACUCAACGCUCUGCAUAUCACCAUCACCACAGGGAUCCUUAACAUUCUGAGAAGUUGCAACGGCCAUCUUGAAAGCAUAAGGAGAAGUCUUGAGGAGUACCUUGAACUUAAAAGGAUAAGUUUCCCGAGAUUUUACUUCCUCAGCAACGAGGAGCUUCUUGAUAUUCUAGCUAACAGCAAAAAUCCCGAGGCGGUGCAGCCUCAUCUUGUGAAAUGUUUUGAAAACGUAAGGCACAUGCUGCUAUGGAAACAGGGCGUCGGCCCUCCCUCCGUGAAGAUGCUCAUCUCUGCCGAAGGAGAAGGCCUAGUGCUGCCCAAGAAAAUCCGUGUAAGAGCUGCUGUAGAACAAUGGAUGGUAAAUGUAGAAAAAAGCAUGUUUGAUGUGCUGAAGAAAUUUAUAAUUCAAGGUAUUGAAGACUGGAAAUACCAUCCUUUUUCCGACUGGGUCAUGUCGCAUCCCGGACAAGUGGUCCUCACUGUGAGCCAGAUUAUGUUUUAUAAUAAUUGUUUGAAAGGUUUUAUGAGUUAUAAUCCAAGAGAAAGCCUAGAGGCAGUCCAUGCCUAUGUGCUGCGUCAUCUGGAAGAUAUCGCGGUGCUAGUCGCAGAGAAUACUAGCAACUCACGCACAAAAACCAUGCUGGCAUCCACAAUGAUCAUCUAUGUCCACUGCAGAGACAUCAUGACGAAUAUGCUCGUUAAGAACAUCUUCAGUGCACAGGACUUUGAGUGGACCAGACAUUUGCAAUAUAAAUGGAAUGAAAAGCAGAAGCUGUGUUACGUACUUCAAGCAAACACCAGUUUUGUUUAUGGCUAUGAGUACUUGGGCUGUGCUCCGAGGCUGGUCAUCACUCCCCUCACAGAACGAUGCUGGCUCUCUCUGUCUGAGGCACUGUACUUCAACCUGGGAGGCUGCACUGCUGGGCCUGCAGGUAUCGGAAAAACUGAGACUGUUAAGGACUUAUCAAAAAGCUUUGGUAAACAUUGUGUGGUCUUCAACUGUUUUGAAGAUUUGGAUUAUAAGAUAAUUGGAAAAUUAUUCUUUGGGUUGGUGCAAUCGGGAGCUUGGUGCUGUUUUGAUGAAUUCAACCGAAUCGACGUAGAAGUCCUCUCCGUCAUUGCCUCGCAGAUCCUGACCAUCAAGAUUGCCAAAAACAGCUAUUCUGUCAGGUUCGUAAUGGAUGGUAGAGAAAUACGGAUCAAUAUGUCAUGUGCAGUGCUUGUCACCAUAAAUCCUGGAUAUAGAGGUCGGGUUGAACUCCCAGAUAACUUAAAAUCUCUAUUUCGACUGGUGAUGAUGGUGGUGCCCAACUAUAAAAUGAUCACUGAAGUAACUCUGUUUUCAUUUGGCUUCAAAUCUUCAAGACUGCUGUCUGGAAAGAUUGUUAACCUUUAUGAUUUAGCUGGCAAGCAGCUCUCAAAACAGGAGCAUUAUGAUUUUGGCAUGAGGACCUUGAAGACAGUUUUAAUAAUGACAGAAAAGAAGAAAGAGGAGCAUAAAUGUAGGAGCGGGGAGCAUCUUUCUGAGUUAGAUGAGUCCCUGAUCCUCAUCGAGGCCAUCCGAGAAGCCAGUUUGUCAAAGUUCCUUCCUGAAGAUGUCCUACCUUUUGAAAAGAUCAUAGAAGAUGUUUUUCCUGGAAUAACAGUUUCAGAAAUGAAUCACCUUACCUUGGAGAAAGCAAUAUCUGUCGCAACAGAACAAUUGGGCUUUCAGCAUUGGCCGUCUCAGAAAGAAAAGGUCAUGCAGUUUUAUCAACAGCUUCAGGCUUGUGUUGGCGUGAUUCUAGUGGGUCCAACCGGCGGAGGGAAGACCACAGUCAGGAAAAUUUUAGAGAAAGCACUGAUAACAUUGCCGGUUACUUCUGCCUUACCCGUUAAAGAAAGGCAGUCUGACUCUAAGUCUACAGGGAAAAAAGGAAAAGUUGAUGUUUAUGUUUUGAAUCCAAAAUGUAUCACUCUUAGUGAACUGUAUGGACAGCUGAAUGUUAAUACCAUGGAAUGGAGCGAUGGGUUACUAUCAGCCGCAAUUCGAAAUUAUGUCCAUAUGAGCACAUCAGAUUAUUCCAAGAAAGAAGGUGGCUUUGGAAUGUCAGGGAUCACAGACCUAUCUAAUAUUUUCCAAGUUGGUUUCUCUACGAUAGCAGAUAUGGAUAACAACAUUUUUAUGACAGAACUAGAAAAAAGUUUUAAAACUCCAGAAACUCAUGAUUUUGAUUGGCAAUGGAUUGUUUUAGACGGCCCAGUUGACAUUGCAUGGAUAGAAAACCUAAACACUGUGCUUGAUGAAACUAGAACCCUGUGCCUGGCGAACAGCGAAAGGAUUAGCCUGACUAACAAGAUCAGAAUUGUUUUUGAGGUGGACUCUCUCUUUAACUGCACCCCCUCUAUCGUCACCCGGUGUGCUGUGGUGUACAUGGACCCCGUUGAUCUGGGAUGGGAGCCUUACAUGAAAUCAUGGCUUCAGAAAAGUUCAAAAAGUAUAAGUCAACAAGGAAUGCAGUGUCUUGAAAUGAUGAUUAAUAGAAGUGUUGCAGACGGGAUGAAAUUUCUAAAGAAACAUAGAAAGUUUCUACCGUACCCCAUACAGGACGUGACAGUUGUCAUGACGCUAUGCAGGAUUCUAGACGCCUAUUUUGAAUUCAUGCAUAUAAAAGAAGAAAGUCCAAAAAGUCAUGAAGAAACGGAUGACCAGUUCCCUACAGAGACAAAGGUGAAAGUCAAGUUCAAGGAGGAAAAGAGCUACCACAAGGAUGAGAGGGUGUGGUUCCUGGACAGAAGCCCUGAGAAGCUCCCAAUGAUGAUUCGGAAAAUAUUUGUUUUCGCAUUCACAUGGGCAUUUGGAGGGAUUUUAAAGCGCGAAGACCAGCAUGAAGAAGACGUGCUAUUCCAGUCAAACUUUGAACAUAGCUCCUUAGUAGAAGUAAACUAUAAUUUUGACAACUUUGUUCGUGAAGUAUUUGAAGACGAUCCAGAAAGAGACACUUGCACCAACUUACCCGGUAGCGAGCGGUCUGUAUUUGGGUAUUUUGUGGACUUACAGCAAUGUGAGUUUAUGCCUUGGUCAGAUUUAGUUCCUAAUGUGCAGACCCUAAUUCAAAAAGGGACAUCGUUAGUGACUGAAUUCCCGGGAUCUGGUGAGAGUGUGCUAAGGAUGAAGGAAUAUGGAGAAUACGUGAACUUCACGGCUACCAGAGACACCAUCUGCCUCUCUUUCCUCAUGAGCCUUCUCCAGAGGAACUCCUACCCUGUACUUCUCACAGGAGACUGUGGUGUCGGGAAGACUACUACCAUCAACAAGAUGCUUAAGAAAUUAGAGGGCCGAGGAACACUCGAUAUCAAAUAUGGGUCAAUCUUAGGAAAAGUCCUGUUACAUAAUGAAAUGAAAAGAUCAAGCCUCAGGCAGAAUAUCAACAUCUUGGUUGGCGAGACUAUCAAAACAACUAGAGGAAGCCUGGAGCAGGUUACAAAGAAAGAAGAGGAUAAAGCAGAUGACAGCACCAUUAAAAAUGAUAAAGGAAUUAUAGCCUCCACAAUAAAUCUUACCACCACCAUAACAGCCGCCAAAACCAAGGAGCUGCUUCUACGGAAGUUAGUAAGAAGAACCAAAGACAUUCUGGGAGCACCGAAGAACAACAGGCUUGUCAUAUUUAUUGAUGACUUGAAUAUGCCGGUACCAGACACAAGUGGAGCACAGCCCCCCCUGGAGUUGAUCAGACAGUUAAUAGAUAUGGGAGGCAUUUAUGACACUGAAAGAAACGUGUGGAAGAGUAUUCAAGAUAUUUCUCUGAUUGCUGCUUAUACCUCUUCUGCCGGUGGGAAUGACAUUAGUCCCCGUCUCCUCAAACACUUCUCCAUGCUAGUGUUGCCUCAUCCUCCACAGAGAGCCAUAUGUACUAUUUUCCAGACUCACUUGGGAAUGUAUUUCUCCAUCCAUAACUUCGUACCCGAGGUUCAGAAAUGCAGGGAUCAGAUUGUCCUCUGUUGCAUGGCGAUAUACUACGAAGUCUGUAAGAAGCUGUUGCCAACGCCGACCAAAUGCCACUAUAUAUUUAAUCUCCGAGACAUCUUUAAGCUUCUGCUAGGACUGAUGCAGGCAGACAAGAACGUAAUUAAUUCCAAAGAGAUGAUUGCUCUGCUCCUAGUUCACGAAGCCAGCCGUGUGUUUCAUGAUCGCUUGAUUGAACCCAGGGAAAAGAACCUUUUCUAUCAGCUUCUGUCAACAGAAGUACAGAAUCAUCUGCAGAUUAACUGGAGCCAUGAGAGUCUGAUGAACAACCCAAUCGUAUUUGUGGACUUCAUGGAUAUAAACAAGCCUCACCGGAAAAGGAUCUACCAGAACACCGAUAACUAUGAUAAACUUCUCAGCAUCCUUACUGAAUUCCAACAGAAUUUGGGUUCAUCAUCUCUGGAGAUGUCUCAUUCAGUUGUAUUCUUCAAGGAAGCUGUAGAGCAUAUUACAAGAACUACCAGGGUCCUCCGACAGCCAGGGAGUCACAUGUUACUGAUUGGAAUUGACGGCUGCGGGAAGGAAACGUACGGAACCAUCGCCUGCUAUGUGGCAGAAUACAAAAUAUGUAAAGUGCCUAUCUCUCACAACUACGCCAUCUCGGAGUUCAAAGAAAUGUUAAAGAAGGUCUUUAUUCAAACCGGCUUAGAAGAGACCCCCACAGUCGUCAUGGUGGCCAACCUACAUGAAGAACACGUGUCAUUUCUGGAAGAUUUGAACUACAUUAUCAAUGCAGGAAAUAUUUCUAACAUGUUUGAGAACGAGGAGCUGGAUUCUAUCGUUAUGAGAGUCAGAACAUUUGCCGAGCAGUCGACUUGCAUUGAUGAUAGAAAAUGUUUACUCUCAUUAUUCGAAAAGAGAGUAUCUAAAAACCUGCAUAUCUGUAUGAUGAGCACGACGGGACCUAACUUCCGCUACAACUGUCGAGUUUAUCCCUCCAUGAUUAGUUCCUGCACCAUUGACUGGUUCCAGCGGUGGCCUGAUGAGGCUCUCCUUGUUGUGGCCAACUCCUACCUGGAAGAAAAGAUGAAUGUAGAAAACAAAGAGGAUAAAAUAAGACAGUUUGCCCCAAUAUGUGUUGAAAUCCACACAAGUAUGAAAGAUUUGAGCACAAAAUACUUUGAAGAAACUGGAAGACACUAUUACAUCACUCCCAGUUGCUACUUUAAGUUCUUGGAGACAUUCACCCACAGUCUGAGAAUAAGACAGGAAGAGAUGCAGACGAAGAGGAAUCGCUUCUACAAUGGACUUUCGAAGAUUCUGGAAGCAACCGUCCUAGUCACAGACAUGCAGGAAGAACUUUUGAUUAUUGGUCCUCAAAUAGAACAAAAAGCAAAGGAAAAGGAAAUCUUGAUGGAAAAGCUGCGGAAAGAUUCACAAAUAGUCGAAAAGGUUCAGGUGCUUGUGAAGCAGGAUGAGGAGAUUGUGGCUGAACAAGUGAAAAUCGUGGAAGAGUAUGCUCAGAAAACUUCCAAUGAGCUAAAAAGUGUGCUGCCAUCUCUAGACAAGGCAAUUGUGGCCCUAAAUGCCCUGGAUAAAAGUGAUAUUUCUGAAUUAAGAGUAUACUCGCGCCCUCCCUACCUUGUUCUGACGGUCAUGAAUGCCGUGUGUAUCCUUCUAGGAAAGAAGCCCAACUGGGCAACAGCAAAGCUGCUGCUUUCAGACACCAGCUUCCUAAAGCGACUAAUUAACCUCGACAAGGACAGCAUCCCUGAUAAGGUGUUCAUAAGGCUCAAGAAGAUUUUAAGUCUGCCUGAUUUCAACCCCAACAAGAUUGCUAUGGUUUCUGUGGCGUGUUGCUCCAUGUGUCAGUGGGUGAUCGCUUUGAAUAACUACCAUGAAGUACAGAAGGUAGUACGUCCUAAGCAGGCUCAGGUGGCGGAGGCUCAGAACGUCCUUCAGAUUGCAAAGCAAAGGCUGUCCGAAAAGCAAAGAGGUUUACAACUGAUUGAAGAACACCUGCAGUUCUUACACACGUCCUACAGAGAUAUUGUCACCGAAAAGCAUCAACUGGCGAAUCGGAAAAAGCUGGCCACGAAGCGCCUCCAGUGCGCGUCUAUCCUGUUGACUGUCCUGGAGGAUGAGAAGAUUCGAUGGCAAGAAACGAUCAACGAGAUAGACAACAAGCUAAAAGGCAUCUGUGGUGACACACUCCUUUCGUCCGCAUGCCUCGCCUACAGCGGUGUCUUAACGCCAGAGUUCCGCCAGCUGGUGAUGCAGAAAUGGAAAGACUUCUGCAUUCAGUCUGAAAUCACCUUGUCACCCAACUUUUCCUUAAUUGACGUGAUGGCAGAAAAAAAUGAGAUCCGCCGGUGGCAUAAUCAAGGGCUGCCUCUUGGCCAGCACUCAGCAGAAAAUGCCAUCUUGAUGAAAAGUACAAAGCAGUGGCCCCUGAUGAUCGACCCGCACAAGCAUGCGCUUUACUGGAUCCGCCAGAUGGAAGGGCCCAGGCUACAAGAGAUUUCUGCUCAUGAUAGCAAUUACACCAAAAAACUGGCGGUUGCCAUGCAAGUAGGAGAGAUUGUCCUCCUGCAGAAUGUCCCUGAAACAUUCCCUCCCACUUUGAGGGCGAUGCUUAAGAAGGAUAUUUGCCAGAAAAGAGGGCAAUGUUACAUCAGAAUUAAUGAUACUGAGAUUGAAUACAAUGAAAAGUUCAGGUUGUACUUAUCUACAGAUCUAGAAAACCCCAAUUUUUUUCCAUCAGUUUAUAACUUUGUUACUAUUAUCAACUUCACGGUAACAUUCCAAGGCUUGCAAGAUGAGCUCCUAUCUAUAGUAGUAAGUCACGAAGUUCCUCAUUUAGAAAAUAAACGUGCCCAGUUAUUGGAAAGUAUUUCUCUUGAUGCCAUAACUCUACAGGAGCUGGAGGAGAAAACAUUGACCUUACUCCAGAAAACAGAAGGAAGCGUGUUAGAUAAUGAAGAGAUUGUAGAAAUCCUGAGAAAAUCCAAAGUGACUUCAAAUGAGAUUUCCAAACGUAUCAAAGAAACAGAAAAAGCAGAAAGCAAAAUCCAAGCGACACGCAAGAACUACCUCCCCAUCGCCACGAGGGGCGCCCUACUCUACUUCGUGGUGGCCAGCCUCUCGCAGGUGGAGUACAUGUACCAGUUCUCCCUGGAGUGGCUCCAGCAGGUUUUUGUUUCCUCUACAGUUUCCAAAAGCAAAGAAGAAAAGCCUGAUGGGAAGACAGAUGAGACUUCUCAGGAAAAAGCCGAUGAGAUUUCCCUAAGUCCCUCAGAGCAAGAGAAUCUGGAGAGUGAGAGAACUCCCUUAACCGAGACUAUCAAAAAUGCAAUAGAAACGCUGACGAGAAAUGUGUUUAAGGUGGUCUCUUCCGCUCUAUUCAAUGAGCAUAAACUCUGCUUCUCCUUCCGACUCUGCACCACGAUCAUGAGAGAUAAUUCCAGUGACACUCUGAUGACAGAUGACAUAGGAUUUCUACCAGAAGAGGAAUGGAACAUCUUUCUAUAUACUGGCAUUUUGAUAAAUAUUAAAAAUAUACUAACCAAGCCUAGACUUAAUAGUAUAUUUGAAAUACGGAGAAAGGAGUAUCUCCAGUGGGUGCCAGACCUGAGAUGGAGGCAGUGCCAGUACAUCAGCAACCAAAUGGAGCCCUUCUCCCUCCUGUGCAAGUCACUCCUGUCAAAUGAGCUACAGUGGAAUGCCUUCAGGGACGCUAAGGCCGUGUACUCUCUAAUAAGCACGCCCUUCUUCUCAGACGCGCCUUUACCUCAGAAAAAUUUCAGAUCAGCAAAGGAGGCUGUACAUAAAGUUAAAUGUUGGGGAAAGGCCAGGGAAGCAGCACGCGUAGGAACAGCUGUGGCUGGAAACAAGGCCUGGAGGGCAUCUGCCCAAAGCAAGACCAUCACCAGGGUAAAGAGAGUCGAUGUGGUUAUCCUUUGUAAAGCUGAACUUAUAGAUGAAAACGAUGAAAUGUUUAACCCUAUAACUUUUCCUUGGGAAAAACUCACUCAAUUUCAAAGGCUUAUCUUGAUUAAAAUUCUUCGGCCAGACCGCUUAGAAAAUUCAAUAAAGAAAUUUAUAACUGAAAAAAUGGGAAGUGAAUAUAUCCCUGAUACUACAGUUAAUCUGAAAGAGUCAUUCAGCGAGUCUACUGCUCAAACACCGCUGAUCCUCACCCACUCCUAUGGGAUUGACCUCAACAGUCUCGUCCUGAGGUUUGCAGAAGAGUUCAAAGGAACGACCCCGGAGCUAACCAUGAUUUCCCUGGGCCGAGACCAGGAAACCAAAGCAGAGGAAAUCAUUUCCAAGGCAGUGAGAAAAAGGCAUCAGUGGGUCUUCCUGCAGAACUGCCACCUCGCGGCGUCCUUCAUGCCAAGGCUCGUUACCAUCAUAGACUCGUUUAGUAAUCCAGAUAAGGAGCUAGAUCCUGACUUUAGGCUUUGGCUAAGCUCAAAAGCAUAUAGUUUUUUCCCAAUUACCAUUCUUCAGAAAGGCGUGAAGAUCGCCGUGGAACCCCCACAGGGGUUGAAAAGCAAUUUACUUCAAAUGUUUGGCUAUAGCGGGAGCGGAGAGGUGACCGAAGAUGAGUUUGCCAAGUCUGACUGUGGACCAUGGUGGAAGAAAAUCCUCUUCAGCCUCUGCUUUUUCAGCGCUGUGCUCAAUGAAAGGAAAGCGUACGGAACGCUGGGCUGGAACAUCCCUUACAGGUUCAGUUCCUCAGACCUGGAGGUGUCCAUAAAAGUGCUGGGAAAUGUCCUCUCUGGCCAGUCAGAAGUUCCAUGGAAGGAGAUGAACUACCUGAUCUCAGAAGUAAUCUAUGGUGGCCGGAUGACAGAUGAGUGGGACAAGCGGUGCCUGAAGACUCUUUUCUACAAAUUCUGCAAUCCUGAAAUGCUGAAGGCUGACUCCAGUCUCUCUAGCAACGAGAUGUACCAGCCAGUGCCCAGCGAUGCGAGCUUAAACGACUGCAUCAACAUUAUCCAGUCCUUUCCAGACGAUGACUCUCCCGAAAUAUUAGGGAUCCACCCCGAGGCCACAUACAUGUGCAAUGAGAUCAAGACCCAGAAAUGCAUUGAAAAUCUCAUCUACAUGCAAUCAAAAGAUGCCCCAGGCUACCUCAUGAUCAACCCCGAGCAGAGCACCGACGACCUGGUGAUGGAGGUCCUAUCUGAUAUAAUGACGCAGCUGCCCCUGACCGUGGAAAACGAGGAAGUUUCCGAGCCUGAAAGCCAGGCCACAUUCAAAUUUAUUAUGGCAAGUCCAAUUUGGGAGAGGCUUCAUAAAAAUAUUCAAGGAUAUGAUCCUCUUAUCCACUCUGUCUUGAUACCCUUCCUGAAAAAAGAAAUAGAAUGUUUCAAUAAGUUGUUAUCUGUCAUACAUAAGUCCUUAAAGAAUCUUCAACUGGCUAUAAAGGGAGAGAGCAUCCUCACUCCGGACCUGGAGGAGAUGUACGACUCUUUCCUUAGGGCCAGAGUGCCCAUGCUGUGGCAGAAGAACGCCUACAAGUCCUGCAAGCCCCUGAGCUUCUGGGUGAGCAACCUCAUCCAGCGGGUGAACUUCCUCAACACCUGGGCCAAAGUGGCCUACACAGCCAUACACCAUCGGUACAUGUUGUUAAUUACAAUCUGGAAACAGCCUAGCCAGAAAGCCAAACGUCCCACUGACUUCAGGAGUGAAAUCACUGAUGGAUUUCCUGCACGAUACUGGCUCUCUGCCUUCUUCUCUCCGCAAGCCUUUUUAACUGCUGUGCUGCAAGACUAUGGAAGGGCACGGGGAAUCUCCAUGGACGCCCUCACUUUCACUCACAGAGUAAUUUACACCAGCAAUGUCAGCCAAAAGGAUGAUAUCUCCAAACUUCUCCAGAAGAGGCUCAACAUAGUCAGGAGAGCUUUCCAGCAACACCAGGACCACUCUCCCAGAGGAGUUUACAUUUUUGGUUUAUUCAUUGAGGGGGCACGAUGGGAUCCUGAAGAGGAAGUGUUGGAGGACUCGCUGCCCACUCAGUUAUGCUGCGACUUCCCUGACAUCCUCUUUUUGCCAACAAAGAUUACUGAAACCUCCCAGGAUUCUGACCAGACAGAACUGCAAACGUUUGAAUGUCCAGUCUACUACACACCUGAGAGGUCAAGAGACACGGCUGGUUUACCAUUAACAUUCUUAACAUCAGUGCUUUUACCAACGAAGAAACCUCCAAGUCACUGGAUCACCAUGCAGGUUGCACUGUUGUGUGAGAAGAAAGAAUGAAUAAAUAUCCAGACCAAACCA